AAAGGUAGCAGCUUCCGGUCUCUUGCCGGGGAGGCAACGUGAGCGACUCACGCACCUGUGGCGGCUUUAGGCUCCUUUUCUGCUUUCUCCGCCGACAACAUGCUCCAGUUCCUGGUGAGUGGAGCCCUGUGGGGGUGUCUUCUGCCUCCUGUACGCCCUUCGUGGAUGUUUCUCUUCGGACGUUCAGUUCCUGGCCACCCCAGACUGGCCUCAAAUUCAUGGCAGUCCUCCCACCUCAGCCUGCUCGGAUUUACUUUUGGCAACGUGGUGGGAAUGUAUCUGGCUCAGAACUAUGACAUACCAAACCUGGCUAAAAAACUUGAAGAAAUUAAAAAGGAUCUGGAAGCCAAGAAGAAACCCCCUAGUUCCUGAGGCUGCUACAGCACUCCAUUCUGUACACACUGGUCUUCUGCCCUGCAGCAGCCUCCCUGACCUGUUCCCACAAUUUUUGUAUUGUCUCCGGCAUCAGCGAUUUUCCUCUUUACUAGACUAUGUUAUUGCAGAGCAAAAACAGGGCCCCAUGUCAAGAACUAUGUGCAAUUUCAGCUCUUCACAUCUUCUCAUGUCUUCCUUCCAGCUCUUCAAGAGACUCAAAGACUGGAACUAUGGUGCUAGGUUGGCAAACAUGACCUUAUUUAGUAGUUUCUCUGUUGUUCUUUGAGAUUCAUAUUUCUUGUCAAAAGAAAAAUUGCAAAGUUUGUAUAGCUCAUCAGAUACAAAUAAUGCUGAAUUCUUAGUUUAGUGAUUACAAUGGGUGCUUGUUAAACAUUUGUUACUAAAUUUUUGUUUUGAAGUAUUAAAACUAAUAUCUAGAACCCAGUUUCUAGUGAAUUAUCCAUUUAUUUUAUACUUAUCAGACAACUCCGUUGUCUCCGUUGAUAACCAGUAAGUCAAUUUUCUAUUGAUUAAUUGAGAAAACAUAUUCUAAGAAUCUUAUAAAUGGCUGGGGAAUUUAAAAAUGUGCAAAAUAAUAAUUUUUGUCCCAAUAUGUUAAGUAUGUAUGUUUUUCCUUAAUGGUGUAGUUGAUCUGACUCUUCCUUCAAAAGAAUCAUUCUUGGAUUACAGGUACGUUUGAUAUUACAGGAUGAAAUUGAUAAAGAAAUGAUAAUGACUUCACACAUUAAAAAAUUAUUGCCAAAUAAAUAUGUGAAAAAAUG